AAGUUCUCGAAUGUGCUCGCUGUUUUUUUUAGCUGCAGAUGUUCCACAUUUCACAAAAUAAAAAGAUUGUGGUGGAAUAUCGACAAGUGCAAAGUUUAUUUGUAAUUUUUCAAGUCCUUGUGGUUUCUUGUACUUCCGUUGAUAGCAGGAUUAAUUACAAAUUAAGUAGGAUGUCCUCAUCAAAGAAAACGGACCAGUUUUUUAAACCCAUAAGUGCUGAUGACGAAGCGAACGAAACGACGGAGGUGGAAAGUUAUUGCGUGAACUGCGGAGAAAAUGGUACGACCAAACUGCUCUUGGCUAAAAUACCAUUCUACAAAGAAGUUAUCCUCUCUUCAUUCUCCUGUCCGCAUUGUCACUAUUCGAACAACGAAAUUCAGUCAGCUGGGGAUAUUUUAGACCACGGAAUUGAAUGGAACCUCCGAGUUGAAGAAUCUGUUGACAUAAAUCGCCAAGUAAUCAAGUCGGAUUAUGCUUCCAUUUCGAUACCCGAGUUAGAUUUAGAAAUUCCUGGAAAGACACAGAAAGGAGAAAUCACGACACUUGAAGGAAUAUUGGACAGAGUGUAUAAUGGAUUGGAUCAAGAUCAAGCCAGAAGAAAGGAGGAACAUCCGGAAGAUUAUGAAAAAAUUCAGAAAUUCUUGGAACGCAUUCGAGACGCACAAGCACUUACAAUUCCUUUCAGCCUGAAACUUAGAGACAUUAGUGGUCAGAGUUUCAUUUCACCACCUCCAUCCAUUCUUCCUGGGCACAAGGAUCCCAGAUUGCAAAUGACACAGUUUGAGAGAACAUCAGAAGAGAAUCAUUCCGUUGGAUAUUUCCCAGAGAUGACGCAAAAUGAAACCAGUUGUGAAGGCGGCGGUGAUGAUGAUGGUGCAGGUGCAGUUGCUGGUGAAAGCGUUGGGGACCUGACCGACGAGGUCCAUCAGUUCCACACCCCUUGCAACUCUUGUGGCAGAAGCAGUACGACAAGGAUGAAGUUGACAAAAAUCCCUCAUUUCAAAGAAGUUGUGAUCAUGGCAACAGACUGUGAAAAUUGUGGUUAUAGAACAAAUGAAGUGAAGAGUGGUAGUGCGAUAGAGGCGAAAGGUCGCAGGAUAGGACUUAAAGUUACCGGUGUGGAUGAUUUAUGUCGAGAUGUUCUCAAGUCUGAAACAGCGAGUCUGGAAAUUCCAGAACUGGAUUUCGAAGUUGGUGGAGGAAUCCUUGGAGGAAAGUUCACCACCUUGGAAGGUCUACUUUGCAGUAUGAAAGAGCGACUACAAGAGGAGAACCCGUUAAUCAGCGGUGACAGUGCUGGGCCCGAGAUGCAAAAGAAAAUGGACGAGUUUUGCCAAAAAUUGGAUCAGUUGAUUUCAGCUCAAGUGCCUUUCACUGUUAUUCUUGAUGACCCUGCGGGGAAUUCUUACCUCCAGAACAUCUAUGCCCCGGAUGAUGAUCCAAACAUGGAGGUUGUGGACUACGAAAGAACUUUUGAGCAAAAUGAAGAGCUCGGACUGAAUGACAUCAAUACCGAAGAGUAUGCUGCUCCUCAGCCCACUGGAGAUUCUGCAGAAAAAGCACAAUCUUCAGAACCUUGUCUCCCAUGCGGUGAAAAAAAUGCGGGGUCUGGAGACGACAAAUAAAAAAUAUUGUCGCCGUUUCUUCACUUUUCAAGAGAAUUAACUUUUCCCUUUUUCCCAGACGGAUUUUGGCCUUGUGUGCCACAAAAAUGUAAAUUUUUUGACAUCAUUUUCAUGAUUUUUUUUGGCUUUAAAUAAGCGAAUUUUGCAGAAAGUCUACUAUCAAAAACUACAAUAUAAAAGUAUGCAUACUAUUGUGUUGCUCCCAUUAAAGCUUAUAAUAAAACUGUGGUACUUUCAGAACAGUA